AUGGCAGCAAUCCGAAGCGGACUUCUUGACGUUCUGCUCCAACAGCAAUGGCAUCGAGUCCAUGCUACCCUCGAUCCUACGGCGAUAACGUUACAGACGAUCGACAAUGAUUAUGCUCAAGACUUGGAAUCAGAGAAAAGAACUGUCAGAGUUGUUAAGUAUGAUGGAAACGGUUUAGGAAUUAGUAUAAAAGGUGGAAGGGACAACAACAUGCCCAUCAUUAUCAGUAAAAUUUUCAAAGGAAUGGCUGCAGAUCAAACUGGAGAAUUAUUUGUUGGGGAUGCUAUAUUAGCAGUGAACGGAGAUAGUCUGAUCGAUGCGACACACGAUGAUGCUGUUCGAGCACUCAAACGAGCAGGACGGGUUGUAGAUUUACAUGUCCAAUACAAAAGAGAUGAACACAUGAAAAGAGAUAAUAUUGUUGAGCGAAUCGAUUGGGAUGAUGAAGUCAGAGACCGUAUUAGGACUAUAGGAUUGAAAUUAGCUUAUGUUGCAAGAGCUGGCAUUGAUGCUGAUGCGGAAGGAAGGAUUAUCGAGAUGAGGAGCCCGUCAGGAAGAUAUUCACUGGCGUUCCGGUGUUCCUCAGCUAUUGAAGCUGAUUCAUGGUUUGAAGCAAUACAUGGUUGUACGAGCGCCUUGUUAACGCAAGCGUUAGCUCAGGUAAACUUGAUGCUCGGUGGUCACCCACAAGUUAGAAGGAUGGGUUGGGUAGCAGAACAGAUGACGGAAGAAGGAAUAACUAUUUGGAAACCGCGUUUUAUAACGCUUACACAGAACGAGCUUUUAUUUUACGACGCGGUUCCUCAAUUGAAAUCGGAGUGGGCUGAACCACGUCUAAGUCGACCCUUAGUAGCAACAAGAGUAGUACAAACAACAUCUAGAUCGGUUCCGGUCUUGAAAGGCCUUUCUGACACUAUCUCUCUUAGAAUCAGAACAGGUACCCAACAAGGAGUGCGCACUCAUACAUUACGAGUUGAAACACACGCGGAUUUAGCUCGUUGGGUGAGGGCACUCGUAUUAGGAAGUUAUGAAGCCUGCACAGAUACCGGACAAAUUUCCGCACCAUGUGUUUGGCGAGGAGACAAUUGUGAAUUAGUCAUCAAUAUAGACGUUGGAAUUUCGCUUUAUGGACCAGGAGGGGAGAUGCUAUGGCAACAACCUUUUGAAUCUAUACGAGCAACAGGUGAUGAUGGUGGACGGUUCCUUUGGAUUGACUUUGGCCCUCCACAGGGGGAACAGGAAAUGGAUCUAUUAACGUCAGCAAAACCUGUGGUUUUCAUACUUCACUCAUUCCUUGCAACAAAAGUAUAUCGAUUAGGGUUAUAUGCAUAG